UCCUUAUAAAUCUCACAGCAACCCCCACCCCCAUAAAUCAAACCGUAAUUUCUUAACAUCUUCGAAAUCCUGCGAUUACUCGACAACAUGGCCGAAACCGACGGAUCAAUAUGUUUCACCCAAGAGCAAGAAGCGCUCGUUGUGAAGUCAUGGCAAGUAAUGAAGAAGAAUUCUGCAGAGCUGGGUCUCAAGUUUUUCUUGAAGAUAUUUGAGAUUGCCCCAUCUGCUCAGAACUUGUUCUCCUUCUUGAGAGAUUCAAAAGUUCCUUUGGAGCAAAACCCAAAGCUCAAGCCUCAUGCCGUGAAUGUCUUUGUCAUGACGUGUGAAUCCGCAGUUCAGCUGCGGAAGGCUGGUAAAGUCACAGUGAGAGAUUCAACCUUGAAAAAAAUAGGUGCUGUCCAUUUCAAAACUGGCGUGGUGAAUGAGCAUUUUGAGGUUACGAAGUUUGCACUUAUGGAAGUCAUAAAAGAAGCAGUGCCAGAAAUGUGGUCACCAGACAUGAAGAAUGCAUGGGGAGUAGCUUAUGAUCAGCUAGUUGCUGCCAUUAAAGCUGAAAUGAAACCUUAAUUCCUCUUAGAGACUGUCUCUACAAUAAGUUUGAUCAGUCCAGUGUUUCUGGAUAUAUGUCAGCGAGCUUGUCUCUGUAACGUUCUGUUGAAUAAGCAUCUAUUAUAUAUAUUGGCAUUGGUGUUACUUUUGUACCAGGUUGGAAAGAUGUUACCUUUUAAUAAUAUUUGAAGAAUGAAGAUAAUAAAAUAAUUUCUGUUCAU